AUGAGAGGAGGAGAGCGGGAGGAGAUGAGAGAGGAGGAGGGAGAGGAGGAGAGGAGAGGAGGAGGAGAUGGGAGAGGAGCGGUGGGGAGAGGGAGGAGGAGGAGGGAGGAAUCAGGAGGAGAGGAGGAGGAGAGAGAGAGGAAGAGAGGAGGAGGAGAGGGAGGGAGGAGGAGAGGAGGAGGAGGAGAGGAGGAGAGAGCGACGGGGGGGAAGGGGAGGGAGGGGAGGAGGGUGGGGGAGAUCGCGAGGAGGAGGAGUAGGAGGCGUGAGAGAUGAGACGUGGGAGAGUGAGGAAGAGUUCAGAGAGAGAGGAGGAGGGUUAGAGAGAGGAAGUGGAGAGGAGAUGAGACAGGGUGACGAGUGAGUGAUAGAUGAGAGAGUAUGAGGAAGAUGCAUCUGUUGUUGUAUAAUGCUGUAUCUUUCUUGAGUUAAGAACAUUCUAGAAGUCCUCCUUGGUCCUUUGAGUCCUAAUGACACCCUAUUCCCAUAUAGCCUGGGGCACUCCAUUCCCUAUAAGGCAUGGGGCUGUCAUUGCAGGGAAUGGGCUGCCAUUUGGGACGCAGCCAUGGACGGACACAUCUGGAGAGGCUGGAGAGCCACGGGUACACGGGUUGCCAAGCAACUAGGACUGAGCUUGUCUGAGGGUCGGCCGGUGCAGGUGGCUGGAGUGUGUGUGUGUGUGUGUGUGUGUGUGUGUGUGUGUGUGUGUGUGUGUGUGUGUGUGUGUGUGUGUGUGUGUGUGUGUGCCGGUGGGUACAGAAGGCAGUGUAUUAGUAUUGUGUAAUGAACUCAGCAGGUUGGUCCUCUAUGAACACUACUAGAUAAUAAUGUAGAACACCCAACCAUUCAGUUUGGCUGCUGUUGCUAGGCAGGUUUAUUGGCCAAUAUCAGAGCCUGCUUGUAUUGCCUUAUGAUGGUGCAAGUCUUCUGUCUUAGAAAAUAGUUUGUUACUAAAGGCCUUUUAUUCAACAACUAUGUUGCGGUCUUUUCGUCCGAAUUCCGAAAAAAUACAGAUUAUGAUUUUGAUGCAUUUAACAUUCACACCAACUGUCUCUAAAACAGUAACCUCUAGUAUGAUCUCUAAUACAGUAACCUCUAGUGUGAUCUCUAAUACAGUAACCUCUAGUGUGAUCUCUAAUACAGUAACCUCUAGUGUGAUCUCUAAUACAGUAACCUCUAAUGUGAUCUCUAAUACAGUAACCUCUAGUAUGAUCUCUAAUACAGUAACCUCUAGUAUGAUCUCUAAUACAGUAACCUCUAGUAUGAUCUCUAAUACAGUAACCUCUAGUGUGAUCUCUAAUACAGUAACCUCUAGUAUGAUCUCUAAUACAGUAACCUCUAGUAUGAUCUCUAAUACAGUAACCUCUAGUAUGAUCUCUAAUACAGUAACCUCCAGUAUGAUCUAUAAUACAGUAACCUCUAGUAUGAUCUCUAAUACAGUAAUCUCUAGUAUGAUCUCUAAUACAGUAACCUCUAGUGUGAUCUCUAAUACAGUAACCUCUAGUGUGAUCUCUAAUACAGUAACCUCUAGUAUGAUCUCUAAUACAGUAACCUCUAGUAUGAUCUCUAAUACAGUAACCUCUAGUGUGAUCUCUAAUACAGUAACCUCUAGUGUGAUCUCUAAUACAGUAACCUCUAGUAUGAUCUCUAAUACAGUAACCUCUAGUAUGAUCUCUAAUACAGUAACCUCUAGUAUGAUCUCUAAUACAGUAACCUCUAGUGUGAUCUCUAAUACAAGUGACCUCUAGUAUGAAUCUUCCAAUACAGUAACCUCUAGUUGAUCUCUAAUACAGUAACCUCUAGUAUGAUCUCUAAUACAGUAACCUCUAGUAUGAUCUCUAAUACAGUAACUCUAUUGAUCUCUAUACAGUACUCUAGUAUGAUCUCUAAUACAGUAACCUCUAGUAUGAUCUCUAAUACAGUAACCUCUAGUAUGAUCUCUAAUACAGUAACCUCUAGUUGAUCUCUAUACAGUAACUCUAGUUGAUCUCAAUACAGUAACCUCUAGUAUGAUCUCUAAUACAGUAACCUCUAGUUGAUCUCUAAUACAGUAACCUCUAGUAUGAUCUCUAAUACAGUAACCUCUAGUAUGAUCUCUAAUACAGUAACCUCUAGUGUGAUCUCUAAUACAGUAACCUCUAGUAUGAUCUCUAAUACAGUAACCUCUAGUAUGAUCUCUAAUACAGUAAUCUCUAGUAUGAUCUCUAAUACAGUAACCUCUAGUAUGAUCUCUAAUACAGUAACCUCUAGUAUGAUCUCUAAUACAGUAACCUCUAGUAUGAUCUCUAAUACAGUAACCUCUAGUAUGAUCUCUAAUACAGUAACCUCUAGUAUGAUCUCUAAUACAGUAACCUCUAGUAUGAUCUCUAAUACAGUAACCUCUAGUAUGAUCUCUAAUACAGUAACCUCUAGUAUGAUCUCUAAUACAGUAACCUCUAGUAUGAUCUCUAAUACAGUAACCUCUAGUAUGAUCUCUAAUACAGUAACCUCUAGUAUGAUCUCUAAUACAGUAACCUCUAGUAUGAUCUCUAAUACAGUAACCUCUAGUAUGAUCUCUAAUACAGUAACCUCUAGUGUGAUCUCUAAUACAGUAACCUCUAGUAUGAUCUCUAAUACAGUAACCUCUAGUAUGAUCUCUAAUACAGUAACCUCUAGUAUGAUCUCUAAUACAGUAACCUCUAGUAUGAUCUCUAAUACAGUAACCUCUAGUGUGAUCUCUAAUACAGUACCUCAGUGUUUAUUCCUUUAUUGAUUCAGACUUUUCAGUGUGUCUGCUGUCCUCUCAGGUGAUUUCAAUCAGAACCUCUGUUGUCCACAAGAUAGUUUCUACAGUACUUGUUGAUUUGUUAAGACUCUUUAUGAUCUACAUCUGCUGGUUCCUCUCCUGCCUCUCUCAGUAACCCUGCUGCCCAUCAGAACCUCUGUUCCAAACACGCAUAACCCUGAGCCACUCUAUCGUACCUGGUCAUGUACAGACCGUAGAGACUCAACAGGGAUUGAG